AUGGCCAGCUUUCGCGAUAGCUGCGGAACCAAGCUGAAGGGGCUCGGAAAGCCAAAUGAGAAAGUUCGUCGCUAUGCUCGUUGGAUAGUAUUCGUUCGAGUCCCGGUUGCUUUUUUCAGUGCCGCAGCUAGCGGUAAGCAUGUGACGGAGGAGGCACAUCGUCGACAGGUUGCCCUUCAUUGGGUUGCUGUGCUACUCAGUAUCACAGAUUGGGUUCCGUACUUCCUCUAUACUGUCGACAGGUGGCCGCACUUACGGGGGGUGCGGCAAUGGCUGAUGAUGCAACUGUUCUGGGCAACUCCAGCAAUAGCCAUUGGCUCAAUCUCGUUCCAUGUCGCAUGGGUGUAUCUGGCGACGGUAGACCGACCUGACUUCUUAUCCGGGCCAGGUGCAGCGAUGUUUGCCUUGUGGCUCCUGGGAUGCACCACUGCUGAGCAAUUACUGAUUACGUUGGGAUGGUUAUACUACACAUUCCUUCCUGGGAUCAGAUCGCGAACGCCAUAUGAACCUGUAUUGAAUGUCGUCAAUCCCGUCCACGUCCCAAUUGACACUGAGGUUGAUAAUACAGACGUUUCAGAACGCGGAGGUCAACUAGCGAGACUAUAUCGGUCGCAACAAUCCCCUGACAACAAUGAUCGGCAGUCUUUGACCUAUGUUAUCCAAGAAAGAAGAGAGCUGGUCUCGGAACAUGUGGACAUCGUCAUGCCAGUAAGAGAACACUCAGAAAGUAUAGUUCGUAGUAGUGUUGCUAACAGAUGCUUGGAAAGACAGGUCAAACGAAUAUGGCGCAUCUGA